GCCCGCAAUCACUUCUUCAGACCGUGUUUUGACGCGUCUCAGCACCCCAUCCUACUCGAGAUGACGAAAGACAGAUGUCUCCUGCCACCGUCAAUAACCUGAACGAGCACCUUGCCUGGUUGUUGCGCGAAAAGCCAUUCACGCCUCCGCCGCCACCUGUCGUGUCUUCUUCCGACGUAUAUCACGAGGAUGGUCGUGAGAGAUCCUCGGGCUCUUCCACUGGACAAGCUGCAAGUCUGACGGUCGCUGCCGUGCAUAGUCCCCCAAGAGAUACAAACGGAGGACAAGCCGGGGGUUUAGAGAUGGCCCGGCUGAGGGCUGCGCCGACGUCCGCUUCGAAGCCGCGACUUCUUCUCGGCGGAGAGAAACGAAGCGAAAGCGCUUCGAACGGACGGCAGAAGCUAGCGAGUUCCAGCUCACCUUCCGGCUCGCCGGUUUCCAGGAUUCGUUCCACGCCCGUGGCGACGAAGAACACGGCCGCUUUGGACGCUGCAGACGUAGUCUCGUUAGAUCUUACCGGCCACUUCAGUCCAAAAACCGUGCGCAGGAAAAGAAAGAGCGAGGAGAUAACUCAUCCGUGCUCGCCCAGCCGCUCGCGCAGAUCACCCAAGGUUGCACGAACGUUGGCGGCAGCAUCGGGGGACGAAGGUUUCACUUCGAUCGAUGAUGUAUACCCGAAUGAACCUCCGCCGCCAUACGCAACAUUGGCGCCUGGGUCACAGACGCCGCGCGGCGCGUUUGCCCCAGUGCAAUGCCUCAAAUCCCCACCCGUUCAUCCGUCUCCGUUUGUUGAGGCUACGGACGAGGAGAUAGAGCAGGCAAUAGCAUUCGAAGAAGAGAUGCAAGUGAUGGAGUCUCCUACGAGGCCUCAGAGGGUGGUUGUCUCACCCGCGGUCAAAUCGAAAACGCCGGUGUCGAGCAGCACUGCUCGCAAAAGAAUAAUUGCAGAUUCGGAUGAUGAAGGUUCACCUGACAAAUCCCUCAAGACUCUGACCCCUGUCGCAUCGACAGCACACCUGACUGAAGACGAUGAAACCCUGCUCAGGAAAGUGCUUGAGCUGACAGAUACUCCGAUCACGCUCGCAGAGCGCCGCCUGAUCAGAGAAAGAGAGGAACUGGUGCCGCAGCAAAUGGCUUACGUAGAAUUGCACGACGAAGUCUCGCCCGAGCUUCAAAGAAAGCUGGUCAUGAACAAGAAUCAGCUUGACGCCUUGAAGCAGCUCGUGGAAACGCGUAUCAUGCAUGCAAGACACACGGCAAAAAAGACGGAGCUUCAGAAUCAGAUGAUGGCGGCUAUUCGCGAGGGUAUUGAUCUAUCCAUUGAGGACCAGGCGAACAACAGGAAGCUCAAGGAGCUGAUCAAGCAAAACGAGAUAGACAUGCUUCAAGUCCUGAAGGUGCCGGGCCUCUAUGGCACUCUUGGAGAACUACUCUUAGGCUCUAACCGGGCUCCAGUUCAGGUCAAGUCGACGCAGCCCCCUUCGGCAAUUCUGCAGUCUCGAGACGUGAUUCCUGAAUCGAGCGUCGUCUCUAGUGCUUCAAGGAUCAAGCAGACUCAAGCAAAUCCGCGAUAUAGCCCGUCGAAGAAUGCUUUUGCAGGCGCCCAAUGGAGCAUGAAGCCGGACGAGCCCCUUUUUAGACCUGGCAGCCAGACUAGUCAGACAAUGCUCAAGGCUAGCACAAGCACCACGUCCAACGGGUUGGCUGGCAGAAGUAAUACUGAUGGUUUAUCGGGGAAUGAGAAGAGAAUCGAGACUCAAAUGCGACCGCCGAGGCCUGCUAUGGCACAGGCUAGUGCUUCAAAACUCAAUGAGCGACCGUCCAUGUCGGGCAGAGCGACUCCCACGUCUUUGCCCUUUAAGAAGCCGACCGUCCCGAUUGAGUUUGAUGAGAACGAUUUUGAUGACGAUGAAGUUCUAUUUGCAAAUAACAUGGGAACCCCACCGAGGCAAAUAGCAUCGGAGGAAGACGAUUUUGAGUUUCCCGAGGAAGACAUGCUCCAAGCAGACGAUUUUGACAACUGCGAUACCAGUCUGCCUUCCAUGGAAGCUCGAGUUCCAAAGACACUACCUGGUUCAGUCCAAAAUGAUGGAGCUGGAUCCAACCCGUUCGUAACGAACAAGCCAGCGAAAAAGCAAUCGACCACUUUGGAAGGACCUCUCAUGCAGCACCCGUGGUCGAAGGAGGUGAAGGCCAAACUCAAAGAUGUCUUCAGGCUGAAGGGUUUUCGGCCGAACCAGCUUGAGACCAUCAAUGCUACCCUGGCUGGGAAAGACGUGUUCGUUCUCAUGCCCACCGGUGGUGGCAAGUCUCUAUGCUACCAACUUCCGGCUGUGGUGACGUCGGGAAAAACACGAGGUGUCACCGUAGUCGUUUCGCCACUCUUGAGUCUCAUGGAGGACCAGGUUCAGCACCUUCGCAAACUUCACGUUCAAGCCCUUUACCUCAACGGCGAAUGCAGCAGUGAGCAACGCAACAUGAUAUUCGAGGCGUUCAGGGAAAAUCGGCCCCACGACUUCAUCCAAGUUCUAUACGUCACGCCAGAAAUGCUGAGUAGCAGUCGCAGUGUAGUGAACGCUUUGGAACGACUGCACCAGCGUGGUUUCCUGGCAAGGCUGGUAAUCGAUGAAGCUCAUUGUGUCAGCCAGUGGGGUCACGACUUUCGGCCAGACUACAAGCAGCUAGGUGAAUUUCGACGGCGCUUCAAAGGUGUCCCGGUAAUGGCAUUGACCGCCACGGCGACAGAAAACGUCAAGCUUGAUGUCAUACAUAACCUCGGUAUGACAAACUGCGAGCAAUACAAGCAGAGCUUCAAUCGACCUAACCUCCAUUAUCACGUGCUUAAAAAGGAAAAAGGUGUCCUGAACGAAAUCGCCAAACUGAUAAAGGAGAAGUACAGGCAGAAAUGCGGAAUUGUAUAUUGCUACUCGAGGAAGAACUGCGAGAAGGUAGCCGAGGAUUUGCGCGAUAAGUACAACAUCAGAGCACAACAUUACCACGCCGGGAUGGAAUCCAGUGAGAAGAAAGAAAUUCAGAGAGACUGGCAGGAGGGACGCUGUCAUGUUAUUGUCGCAACGAUUGCUUUCGGUAUGGGCAUCGACAAGCCAGACGUUCGCUUCGUCAUUCAUCACACGCUCCCAAAAUCGCUCGAAGGUUACUAUCAAGAGACAGGCAGAGCUGGUAGAGACGGCCUUGUUUCAGGUUGCUACUUGUUCUACAAUUACGGCGACACAAACUCAAUGAAAAGGCAGAUCCGAGAUGGAGAGGGCAGUCAGGAGCAGAAAGCCAGACAGUACCGCAUGUUGAACGACGUUGUGGCAUUCUGCGACAACAGGGCAGACUGCCGUCGUGCGCAGGUCUUGAGAUACUUCAACGAGGCCUUCAACGUGGCUGACUGUAAUGACACCUGCGACAAUUGUUCAUCGAAGGCGACUUUUGUGGAACAAGAUUUCACUGACAUUGCAUCCGCUGCGUGCCGUCUCCUUCUAGCUUUGAAAGACGAGAAGGUCACAAUGAGGCAAUGCAUCGAGCUCCUUCGAGGAACUAAGACGAAGGGCAUUGCCGAGAGAUACAGGCGACUUGAUGGUGCCGGUGCCGCCCGUGGUGUCGAUAUAGGCGAGGUUGAGCGACUUUUCCACCGCCUCGUUGUCGAGGGAGCGAUUUUCGAGUACAACGAGAUGAACAAUGCUGGUUUCCCGCUCGAAUACAUCACGGCUGGUCGCAAUAUCAGGCAAUUCAUUGAAGGGAAGAGGGAUCUCCGCUUGAACAUACGUGUGUCACCGAACAAGAGAGCACCCCUCACGAAACCAAAGAGCAAGUCGAAAAAGCAGGCAAUCAACGAAACAGAUAGCGCGAUAAGUCGCACCGACUUCGCAUCAACCUAUGUCUCCUCACCUAUCCGCCAUUCGACGAGUGUUAAAAAGGGGCGAAAACAGAGCUACAUCGACAUCGAGGCAGAAGGCGACGAGACCGAGAGCGACGAUGCGUUUGAUCCAGUCCAGCAGCUUCAUCCCAACGGAUACAGCCGUGAUUCGUUUGUCGUUGACGACGACGAUGAAGAUGAAGAUUACGUCGACGAUGACGAAGUGAUCGUAAAGAGCAGGUCUGGCUACAGAAACUCGAAAUCUCGUUCAGUCGGCCCGCCCAUCACUGGAGAUGCGGUUAUGGACUCACUGGAGCCGAGCCGCAGAGAGUUCGUGAACGAGUUCGUCGCCAACGCUCGUCAUCUUGGAAGUUCGAUCAUGAUAAGCAAGUCCUUGCGCAAUCAGCCGUUCUCUGACACCAUUCUCAGAGAGGUGGCCAUCAAGAACAUCAAAGGCAAGGAUCAGAUGCUUCGCAUCGACGGCGUCAGACCGGAAAUGGUGGCGGCCUACGGAGACAAGUAUUUGAAGAUCUUGCGAAAUCUCGAGGACUUGUACCGUGACACAGGUCGUGCUUACGAAGAAAAGCCAUACGACCCAAAUCACCGUGUCACUGAAGUUGUUGACCUCUGCGACAGCGAGGACGAUGACGCUGAGUAUGGCGAGGCUCUUGAGCUCGAUGAUUUUGAUGACGAGGAAGACGAGGACACGGGUCCGAGCAGUUAUUUCGCGAAAGCGCCGCCGCCAGCCCACGACUCUCAAAACAUGGCAGCAAAGAGAUGGCAAGAACAAUACGACGCACUCCAGGCAUCCGGCCCCCCUGCACGUCAAAGUUCUUCACGUGAGAUGAGUGGGAAGAAGCCCAAGUCGCCGAUCAGACGGAAGGCUUCAUAUGCUACUUCGAGGAAGGCUUCAGGCGGGAAACCUGCGUGGCUGCAGAAGAAGUUUGCCGGCGCGACUGGUGGGACUCAAAGAAAAGGCAUAGCCAAGAAGAGAAAAUCGAAUGAGAGCAAUACACGAGCAACGAUAAGCACGGGCGGGGGCUCGAGAGGUUCAGCCGGCGCUGGUCCCGUUCGUGGUGGGAUUGGACUGAUGCCGACGUGACAUUUACGUGACGGUCUGAAGAUUAAAUGCUGCUUGCACAUUGUGGAGCUGUAGACAUGGCGCACUCUCAGGAGUCUAGGAUUGCUGAUAACGGAGAAAAGGAGUGAGAAAAAACAAGAGUUAGAAACUUGAGCAUUGAAUCUAAACAUGCUGUAUCACCGUUUGCACGGCCUCUCUGUGCGGAAAUCAAUGGGUUGUUUUCCAAAGUGACGCACGAACGGCAUGCCGGCCAGGUUCGAGUCUCUCAAAUGCUCGUAGUCAAAAAAUGCAUGGUAGCAUAAAUCUUUUUUGGUGAUCUUCCUCUUU